CCGCAACUUUCGACCUGAUGUCGACUUUGUCGUCGCCUACUCGAUCCAUACCAAUAAUUUCAAUUCACACCCGCAAUGCAGAAGGUAGUCCAGCGAAGACUAGCUGCCGAGCAUCAGGCUCUGCGCCGAGCGGCAAAGCAAAAGGGCAAGGACGACAACGCAAAGGAAUGGACCGCGCGCUGGCAGGCCCAGGCUCGUGGCAAGCAGGAGGCUGUCUACUUCAAGGAAGAAAAGCACCGCAGACGCGAGGAAUAUGAACUCGGCCCUCAACUCGCCCCGAGACGCGAUACUGGACACCUCAAGGAAACAUACGGCACCGUCGAUCCCAGCGUCAUCCAGACUCCAAAGCUCCAUUUCACCAUGUACAAGCACUUCAAGAGCCCCUUCGCUGUCGGCGACAGGGUCGUCAUCACGAAGGGCAAGGAUGUUGGCAGAAUCGGAAAAGUCCAGGAGGUUUUCCCUGACUCUGGUUACCUACGUGUUCUCGACUUGCGAAAGGCCGACUUCCACGUCCCUGAAUACGUUCGCAAGGAAAACAAGGACGAUCGCCCUGUUGUACAACAACUAAUGCCCAUUCGCUGGGAUGAAGUCAAACUUGUCUUUCCCCUCCGCGAUCGAACCACUGGGCACUUUGAAGACGUCAUUGUGGACCGCGUUGACCUGCGCAAUGCUGGUUGGGUAGAACGUAAGAACGGUGGGCUGGAAUACGUGAAAGGCCAACGCUACCUUCCUGGUACCAGGAUCCCUCUGCUAUGGCCCAAGACCGAUGAGCCUGCCAAAGCAGAGCCGUUCGAUGACGACACCCUCCGUAUCUCUGUCGACGAAGCCACUCACCGCCCAUACCUGCUCCAACCACCAAUGCCUCCAGUCGUCAUUGACGAGUUGAGAAACAAGUACUCCAUCUUCCGUAGCCGCCACGAGCCAGAGUACAUUGCCGAAAAGGAGGCACAAGACCAGGCAGCCAAGCACAGGGAGAAUCUCGCUCGUCUGGUUUCCACUCCUCUUGCCGAGCUGAAGGAGCAACAGCGACAGGAGAAGCUCGCAAAUCCUCUCGAGCUGUCCGAGGAACAACUCGCCAGAAUUGGAGAGGUCAUGGCCCAGGAAAAGCAGAACGCCAUUGCCAAGGUCUCGGAGCAAUAAGCUUGUUGCUUGUAUUAUGGUUCACAUGUGGUUUGCAUCUGCGGCGUUUUGGUUUCUUCCCCUGUAAAAAUACACCCCUUAUUACCCUACCUUUUCUACUCGAUAUGUGCCGUAUAUCUCUCAGGCAAAAAGAAC